AUGAAUGAGCUCGAGAAAAACUCCGGCACUGACACGCUCAUGAAUCUGUGGCUAGCGCGACUUCUGGCAUGGGUUCGCGUAAUCUUGGCCAUCAACAGAGCAGAAACAAAACUUGACGACCUCACCGAGAGGGCAGACAAGGUGACGGACAAUCUGGGCAACGGCGAGCUGUUCACCGUGGACGCUGGCUCGGACUGCAGCUCGUCGUUGACCUCAACCGUGGCAGAGGUGAACUUCAAGCUGCUGACCCAGGUAAAGACCAUGGCACUGGAGCUCCAGACGCUGCGCAGUAAGAUGUUUACUCGGAGUGAAUAUUAUAUUUUCAUCUUUUUUUUUAGCCUAAGAUGCCAGUAA